AUGAACGAUAACACCUUUUCUCCCCAGGUUUCGACCUCACUUGUCCUCAACUCCUUCAACGGACAGCUCGACUUGGAGAAGACUCCCAUUCCUAAGCCUACACCAUCAGGAUCAAUCAUUGUCCGUGUUCUCAGUACUCCAGUUCGUCCGCACCAGCGGGCUGGCUUUCAUGGAAAGAGCUUUCUUUCUUUUACGCCUCCGUACAAUCCCGGUGAUGGUGGCGUUGGUCGUGUCAUCUCUGUUGGACCCGAUGCUGUCUCUCUCAAGCCGGGACAACUUGUCUAUAUGAGUAACUUUGCCACUGCGCGAGAUGACCCAAACACACGUGUACUUCUUGGACUUCAUGAUGGCGGUGGCCCUGAGCGAGAUAGUAAGCUGUUCAAUCUCUGGAAGGGCUUUUGGAAGGACAUCGCCAUUGUUCCAGCGGAAAAUGUCUUACCUCUCAAUGAGAAGAUUUUGGCUGAUGAGAUGGGGUACUCUUUUGGCGACCUCAACUACAUUCAACGCCUUUCGGUUGCGUAUGGCGGUAUCAAAGCUGCCAACCUUCAAGCGGGCGAAACUGUCAUAGUCGCCCCUGCCACUGGUCAAUUCUCUGGAGCAGUAGUCGAAUUAGCUGCUCAAAUUGGCUGCAAAGUGAUUGCUCUCACCCGGUCGGCGUCCAAGCUGGAGCCCCUUACUUCUCAUUUCCCUCGAGUCACAGCGCUUGAGCUGACUGGCGAUGAGAAGGCUGAUACUGAGGCCAUCCGAGCGUUAGUGCCCGAGGGCGCUGAUGCAUAUAUCGACGUCUCGCCUCCUGCUGCCACAGAAAGCCCUCACCAUCUAACCGUGUCAAUCAGCUCACUGCGCUGCUUCGGUCGUGUAGUCUUCUUGGGCAUGAUGGUUGAUAUAAAAGUCAACUAUGCAAGCCUGGUGCUUAAGGAUAUCACGAUUAGGGCGAAAUUCAUGUAUACACGGGAGGAGUUGGCAUCGCUGAUCAAGAUGAUAGAGACCGGGGUUCUGAAGCUGGGCAAGGGAGCGGGACAUGAGAUUGUUGAGCGUGGAUUCCGACUUGAUGAGUGGGAGAAGGCGGUCACUGUUGCAGAGAUAGCUAUGGCAUGGGGACAGCAAGUGCUUCUGUUCCCCUCUGCGGAUGGGGAGCGGGCUGAUGAGUGA